AUGAUUACCAAUUAUAUCGAGAAGGUCGCGACCAUCGGGGCCACUGGUCGUAUUGGCAGCGCGUUUGCUAAAGCACUCUUGCAAACUGGCAAACACCAGGUUACUGCCCUAAUUCGCGAAGAUAGCAAGGGUAAGCUCUCCGACGCGAUUCACGCUGUUCAAGCCAACUAUGAGAAUGAGGGUUCAUGCUCCCAAAACCUUCAUAAACGGAUUACCACUGCUGCUGGAAAGGCUGGUGUUUCGUACAUCAUGCCAAAUGCUCAUGGUUACCCAGUGAAUCCGGAAAGCGACGAUCUCUAUGGAAAAGCAGUCUUGAAUCGGAUUAAUGAUACAAAAAAAUGGUGUAUCACCUUGCGUCACACUUCCGUGUGGGUUCUGGAUCGGAAGGUUCCCUUUUCGACGAAGGUCAACGAACUGUCACAGUCAACACUUGGGAAAAUUUCAUACGAACCCUUAAAGAAGAGGAUAACAGACAGCAAGGAAGAAUUGGCACAGGACAAUUUCAGAGGCUUUGUUAAGUUGAUAUAUGGCGGUGUCUUCCUUCCUUCCAACAGAAACGCAGAUUUCGCGGCUACCAUGACAAUGGCGAACGAUAUUCUGAACCUGCCCAAGGAAGACCUAGACGAGGCAACAAAAAGAACCGUUGCGAUGGUAGAUGGUGUAUGGGAUCCGUUCGGGUUUAGGACUCAGGGUAACGAGACAACUUGA